AUGAAGUUCUCCACAUCCCUCGCCCUUGCCGCCGCGGCCUCGACCGCCUCCGCUCACACCAUUUUUGUCUCGCUCAACAGCGGCGCAGUAGGCGACGGCGUUCGAGUAGUCUCCUACGAUGGCCCCAUCACAGACGUGUCCUCCAGCUCCAUCGCCUGCAACGGCGCCCCCAACGGCGCCGUCCAGAGCACCAACACCGUCAUCAACGUCCAAGCCGGUUCAACUGCGAAACUGACCUGGCGCCAUACACUCACUUCCGGUUCGAACGAUGUUAUCGACGCGAGUCACAAGGGUCCCGUCAUGGCGUACAUGAAGAAGGUCACGGAUGCGAAGACGGACGCUGGACCUGGAUCUGGCUGGUUCAAGAUCGCAGAAGAGGGUCUCGGCUCAGACGGCAAAUGGGGCGUGGACAAGCUCAUUGCAAAUGGUGGCGUGCAGACUGUUACCAUCCCGCAGUGCAUCGCGCCGGGACAAUACUUGCUCCGUGGCGAGCUGAUUGCGCUGCAUGGUGCUUCUAGCUCUGGUGGUGCGCAGUUCUAUAUGGAGUGUGCGCAGAUUAAUGUUACGGGUGGAUCUGCAAGCAAGACGCCUGCGAGCGUGAGCUUGCCUGGGGCUUAUAAAGCGUCUGAUGCGGGAAUCUUGUACAAUUUGUACAGUGGGCAGAAGACGUACACCGCGCCGGGUCCUGCGGUGUUCACAUGCUAG